GAUCGAAGAAUGUUUGAGGGGCCUGGGGAAGGUUCCAGGGUGAAGGUGUCUUUUCCGAUACGGUCGCAGUUCAAUCUGAUGCGGCACAAGACGACCCCGUCCACUAGGUUCUAUGUCUUUCGCCAUUUUGCGAUAUUCGAGUCCGAAAACCUACAACCCCCUCCAAAUCACCUCAACACAAAAUUUCUAAAUCAUGCUUAAAGAAGAGAUCUACGAUCUUCAUCCUCACGGUUGGGAGAACGACCCGGAAGUGGAGAGAUUCAGAGUUUCUACCCUAGAUUACUUAACGUGUCAAACAUACAACCACUACGCCGUAUUCUUCCGCCUAGACGAUGCCGCCAAAACAAAAGUGAUCGAAGUUCUGAAAGCAGGCCUUGAAAGGACGGUUGCUCAGGUCCGCCAGUUGAACGGAAGAAUCGAGAAAGACCCUUGGGGCGACUACUCCUUCACCAAAAGAAAGGACUCAACCGUCCGCUUCGUCGUUCAAUGGCUUGAUGCCCCAGAGGAUGCCGACAAGUAUCCGUCCUUCGACGACAUCGAGAAAGCCAACUUUAGCGCUGUAUCCCUCGGAGACCUCAGACUCUGGGCUGUGUUGCCGAUGACCUAUGGCGAGAGGCCCGAGGCUACUCCGGAGCAGAGUCCUGUCACGGCGGGCUUCAAGGCAAACUUCGUACGCGGCGGGCUCGUCUUCAGCACGCACCACCAUCAUUACUCCCAAGAUGUCAUGGCCUGGGCCGGCUUCAUCCAUCAGCUUGCCGAGAACUGUUCCGCGUUCAGUAAUGGCACUCCCCACCCUUCGUGGGACCCGGCCUGCAAUGAUGUCUCUCGCUUUCUUAAGCCCGAGCCUCCAGAGGAAGACAAGGUCGACGGGCCACCGCCGCCUGAUAGACAUCCCGACCACAAAAUCGGAAUAUGCCUUCUCUUCCAUCUACCAAAGAGUAAAGCUGCUCAGUUGAAAGCGCUUGCAAAACCCGAGGACGGUACAUGGAUCUCGACUUACGACGCCUUUUCCGCCUUCAUGUGGCGGCACAUGACACGUCUUCGAGCCCCGGUAUUCAAGACUCCGCCAGACUCAAAGCUCUUCUGGUGCGAGACCAUUGACAUGCGCCGACGUCUACACAGCCCAAAGGUGCCCGCUCGCACUCAGCAAAACGUCAUGUACGUGGCCAUGUCUACGACCGCAUCCGUGGAACAACCCACGGUAUCGGAGCUCAUCUCAGACUGGCCGUUCUGGCGGGUAGCUCGGUACGUACGCCAACUGACGGACAGCGUAACGCAAGAAAGUCUUGACGAAACGCUCAAGAUGGUGGCGACGAUCCGCGACAAAUCGAGUCUCAACUCGAGAAUAGAUUCGCACCCGCCCAUGUCGACCAUUGUGGUAGACCACCGUGACGCCAACAUUCCUUCGGCAGACUUUGGCUUCGGGAAGCCUGCGACUUAUCGAUACCUAAUGGGUCGGGUUUCUGAGGGCGGCGUUCUUGUUUACCCGCCUCGGGAUCCGAGGCCUGAGUCAGACGAGGGUCCGGAGAUUGCCAUUAUGUAUGAGAAGGGCUUGGCUCAGGCGCUCAUCGAUGACCCUGAGUGGAAUGAGUUCUUCGAGUACAGGGGUGUUGAUGCCGAGCAUACCGAAGCGUAGAUGAGUUAGAUACCUAUGAAAUGCGGUGUUCAGCUUCUUCUGUGUAAAUUGUAUGAACCAUUAUCAGCUUUUCAAGCUGUUGACUCGGUAUCAUCUCAGUUUCGAUGAGAAAAACCAAGUUGUGCAACAGUAAUCCUGUUUCCAAGUCAACCCGGCCUUUUUAUCAUAUGUCAUGAUCUCCAUGUCUCACUUGAGCUUGUUUAACAUACUCAAGGACAUCUGACCCAUGUCGCGUAGCUCAGAACCAAAGUACCUAGUAUGUCCAAACCGAGGUAAGUACAGCAAAUCCUGAUAUUGAGGAGAUCUUGAGGGAACCAAUAUUUCACCGUAGAGGUAUGAAGAAGUCCCAGUGAUGAUUCCUCACGAUAAACACAGCUCCCACGUGAG